AAAAAAAAGUCAACUUUUCAGCAGGUAGAAUAGGAGAGAUUUUUUUGGGAAAUAGAAAGAUAGCCUGACGAAAAUGAAGACUCAUCGUAGAAAAGAAAAGAAAAAAAAAGCUCAUUGUGAAAUAACAUGGGAUAAAAUCCUUAUGAACAGUAGCCGAGCUCCUAUUUUAUAUAUCCCCUAAAUUUGACCACCGCUUUCCCCAAAACUCCAUUUCUCCCUUCCUUCCUUUCCCCAUUUUCUCGACCCUGAGUUUAUUUCGAUUUUCCCCUGUCUUCUCCUCCUCCUUCUCUUCGUCAUUUCUUCAACAUGACGAACAUGGAGGAUGCUGAUGUUGGGAGAGUUCCUCAUCAACGCAGACAAGGCGGCAGAUCAAACAAACAGUCGCUGAUUCGUAUCCAUGGCGGUGGCGUCGUCAACCUUGGUGGCUUGGCUCUGUUCGGCGGUGCCCUGGCCGUCGGAGGCCUCGUCGCCACUUUUAUUUUCAGGAAAACCAAGGACCCUGAGGAUAACAAGAAAAGCACCCGCCUCGCCGGAGACCAACAUGAACAACAGAAGAAGCAGAAAACGUCCGAUAAAGCCUCCACUCAUGAUGAUACUCUGGAAGGAAAUCAGGCUGAGGCUGUGGCCCAUGAAACACCAGAAGAAAUCAACAUCACGCCCACCCAUCGCAACGGCGAUGAUACGGAAGCAUCUUCAUCCGAUGAAUCCUUGCCACAAGAGGAUGAUGUUGAAGCCACGAUGGAGGCGGAUGGAGGAGCGGAAGCCACAAAGCUGAAUGCCGAUAAAGAGAUUUCGGCAGGGUACGAUGAAGAGCUCGAGGAGGAAGACGAAGGCGAAAACAGAGGAGAAGGAGAAGCUUUUGAUCCAGAAAUUGAGGCUUUUUUUGCGGGAGGAGCAAUGACAAUGCCUGCAGCCACGGAGUCCAAUCCAAAGGAGGAAGAUGAAUCUGUUGAAGACGAGCUGCCGUCGAUCAAGAAUGAGGAUGGAGAAGGGGAAGAGGCAGCAACAGGUGGAGCUGGGAUGAACACUCGGAAAACAGAGGACGGCGUCAUGGAAGAAGUAGAUGGCUACGUUGAGGAUGACGACGUGGAUGACAUGGCGAGCGAGGAGGAGGAAGAUGAGAGCAACGAGGAAACAGAGAAAGACGAGCUGGAGAUGCUGGAAGAAGGAUUGGAAACCUGGACGGAUUCCGACUCCGAAGCAAUCAUAUGGCCAGCUGAGACGCUGGAGUCUCUGGCAAUGGCAGUGGAGGACCAGCUGACGCACCUGAAGAAAACAGCAACAGAGGGGAUGAACAACGGAUUGAACAACAGCAGCAGGGAAAGCGAAAGCGAAAUCAUCAUCAUCGAAGAAGAAGAACAAGAAGACAACAAAGAAGAACAAGAAGACAACGACUACGAAUACAACGAGGCGGGCGAAAACAGUAUGUUGCUGGAGAAACCGAUGAUGAUGGUGAAUGGCCAGAUAGCUGAACUGAUUAGCAGGAGGAUCUGGAUUUUCCCCAUGAUCAUGCUGCUGCUAGUCAUGGUUCUGUUCCUCCUGCUCACUCGCAGGAAUCCAUCGUCCUACUACCAAUCAAAUGCCAUCUGAGUAAAAAACUUUGAUCCGGUCUUCUAAGUUAUGCUAGACAAAGUAGCAGCCAUGUGUACUUGUAUAGAAGAAUGUACAUGGCUGUGUAUCGUCUUAAAGGAGUUUGAGAAAACGUCUCCUCCACCCCAGCCUUGAAGUUUUGCCUGUAAUUUUCAGUUUCUACUCUUUAUGUAUUUAUUUCUUUUAUUUUUAUGUACAAAUAAUUAUAAAACAAUGUGAAUAUAUAAAACUUGCUACAAAGGCUCUUCCUUCCUGACUUUAUCACACAGUCAGUGUGGAAGGUCUUUUCAGUAAUUUAAAUAACAAGAGCUUUUCGUUAUUAAAACUGUC